AUGGAUGAGUUCCAAACUGCUGUAGUCAUAGACAACGGAUCAGGACUGAUAAAAAUAGGAAUUUCCGGAGAUAAAGAACCUCGCUUCACUUAUUCAAACAUCAUAGGUCGAUCAAAAGCAAAGUCUGUAAUGAUCGGAGCAGGACAGAGAGAUUUCUUUGUUGGACAGGAGGCUCAGUCAAAAAGAGGAAUUCUUGCUAUUAAAUACCCUGUAGAACAUGGCGUUAUCACAUCUUGGGAAGACAUGGAACUCAUCUGGAAACAUGCCUAUAGCCACAAUCUGAAGAUGAAUCCACCAGAAAGACCAGUACUAAUCACAGAGCCACCCCUCAACCCACUUUCCAACCGUGAAAAGAUGGCUGAGGUAUUUUUUGAAAAGUUUGAAGUACCAGCCAUGUAUGUUGCUAUCCAAGCUGUACUGGCUCUUUAUUCUUCUGGCAAGGUAACUGGAUGUGUGUUGGAUAUUGGUGAUGGUGUGACACAUUCGGUGCCAAUUUUUGAGGGAUACUGCCUCCCACACGCAGUGUUACGACUUGAUCUUGCAGGAAGUGAUCUAACUGAAUACCUCAUGAGGAUCUUGAGUGAAAAUGGCAUCUCUUUAUUCAGUUCAGCGGAAAGGGAGAUUGUAAAAGACAUCAAGGAGACACUCUGCUAUGUAGCAAAGGAUAUAGAUACAGAGAUUAAAAAAACGCCAAAAGAACUGGAAGUGGAAUACAAACUUCCUGAUGAAGUAAUUAGGAUUCAUGAUCAGAGGUUUCGAUGUCCAGAAACCCUCUUUGCACCCACAAACAUUGGCAUGGAAGCACCAGGUAUUGAUAGACUCUGUUUCAGCACGAUAAUGAAGUGUGAAAUUGAUCUGAGGUCCAUGUUUUACUCAAAUAUUAUUUUGUCUGGCGGGUCGAGCCUUUUCCCAGGAAUUGAUAUACGCCUGGCCAAAGAGCUUACAACGAUGGUUCCUCCUGGGUGUGAAGUCAAAGUCUUAGCUUCCCCUGAACGGAUGCUUGCUGUGUGGACAGGAGGAUCCAUUCUUUCAUCUCUCUCUGCAUUCCAGAAAAUGUGGAUAACAAUGGCGGAAUUCCAGGAAAUAGGACCAAACAUCGUUCACAGAAAGUGUUUUUAA